UGGCUCGCUUGCUAAGCAAGGGGUCUCCAUCAGCAGGAGGCGGAGAAGACUGCGGGCAAGCAGAGAGAGGCAGUCAAAUCAAGAGACUGAACCUUCCCUGGAGAACCGGGGAGCUCUUUCACGCAGGAAACGGUUGUUAGAAAGGCUGUACAAUGUCCGAUUUUGACAGCAACCCGUUCGCAGACCCGGACUUCAGCAAUCCAUUUCAGGAUCCUUCGGUGACGCAGGUGACCCGCUCUGCCCCUCCUGGUGGUCUGGAGGAGUAUAACCCCUUCACAGACGCCAGAACGGCGGCCCCUGGGAAUGCCCCCAAAGCUACUCCUGCCCCCUCUCAGCAGAACACACAACCUGCCAUCAUGAAGCCAACAGAAGAGCCGCCGGCUUACUCACAGCAACAGACUCAGCGGCGUAAUGAGGACCAAGCGCGUGCUCAAGCUGAGUUGUUGAGAAGGCAGGAGGAGUUGGAGAAGAAAGCGGCAGAGCUCGAUCGUCGGGAGAGAGAAUUACAGUCCCACGGAGCCGCGGGAGGACGUAAGAACAACUGGCCUCCCCUGCCAGAGAAGUUCCCCGUUGGCCCAUGUUUCUACCAUGAUAUCGCAGUGGACAUUCCUAUAGAGUUUCAGAAGACCGUCAAGAUCAUGUACAACCUUUGGAUGUUUCAUGCAGGAACGCUCUUUGUAAACAUGUUCGGCUGCUUGGCCUGGUUCUGCGUGGAUGCAUCUCGCGGUGUAGAUUUUGGCCUGGCCAUGCUAUGGUUCCUGCUGUUUACCCCCUGUUCUUUCGUCUGCUGGUACAGACCACUUUAUGGGGCUUUCAGGAGUGACAGUUCAUUCCGCUUCUUUGUCUUCUUCUUCGUCUAUAUCUGUCAGUUUGGCGUUCACGUUUUACAAACUAUUGGCAUUACUGGCUGGGGAACAUGUGGUUGGAUCGCAGCUUUAACUGGUCUGAACACCAGCAUCCCAGUGGGCAUCAUCAUGUUACUGAUCGCAGCUCUGUUCACUGCACUGUCUGUGGGCUCACUUAUCAUGUUUAAAAAGGUGCACGCGCUGUAUCGUACCACUGGUGCUAGUUUUGAGAAGGCUCAGCAGGAGUUUGCCACCGGGGUCAUGUCGAAUAAGACCGUUCAGACUGCAGCCGCCAACGCAGCAGCUAACGCUGCCACCAAUGCUGCUCGUGGGGCCUUCAAACCUCAGCCAUAAACUGAACACACUCACACAUACAUGCUCACAUGCUCAAACAUACAAGCAUUAACAUACACAUACACACACACUCAAAAAGUUGGAGAUGCACAACUCUGGCCCUGCAGGCUCUCAGAUCAAAUUGAUUCUGUGUAUGAAUGUUGUUAUGCUAAGAUCGCCAUGCACACUAGCUCGCACGCACACUUGCACCUGCUCAAAAAGUGCAAAGAGUCAGAGGCCAGAAAUAACAAAGAAGUUAGUCAGAUAAAGUGACCAGAGUUGUCCACCUUCACUUAAAAUCAAAUUUCAGUAAAGAACAACUCCUGCAUCCUUCCUGUCUGCUUCUCAGUCAGAUGAUUGUCUGCUCACAUCCCUCGAAACAUCCACUAAGUGACUCAAGGUAUGCUCUGAGUGUGUGGGAUCUCAUCUCUCUCACUCGCUCCUUCGCUUUCCCUGUUCCUCUGUCACCUAGAGGUGGUCCUGGGUCAGGCAGAGGUUCGCAGUUCUAGCAUACCUUAUUAUUGCCAUGGUGAUGACCUCCAAACAGCUUCCUGCCUGGGUAAUACAGUAUAGAGUUAUGAAAAGUGAUAAUCUGAUCAUAGUGUUUUGCACAUAGUUCAGUUUUCUUGGUCACAUACAGAAAGCGCAGUGUAUGUUUGAAUGUCUGGGCCUGUGUGUGAAUGUGAACUUUUUUUUUUUUUUUUAGAAUCAUGGAGAUCUAAAAGGUAAAUUAUACCUUGUCCUUCAUCUGUGCUUCUAUUCUGAGACAUAUACCAUCCAAGUAGAAAUGUGUCGGUAUGUUCUUAUUUAAGGUCCUGUCUGCGACCGCCAGCAGUGCUCCAGUGAUACCUGUCAGCUGAACAGUUAUUUCCAGUUUGUGUGCUACUUUGGUUGGCGAUGUGAACUGGGCAGCAUCUUUGUGGCGAUACUGAGAUCUGACAGCAUGAUAACGACAUGCAUGUUUAGCACACUAAAGGAAGCUGUUUCUUUGGCUAAGUCAGGUUUGGUUUCUGUGAGACGUGAGCUGUAAAGUUGUUGCAUGUCGCGGUGACUGUUUGACUGAUUGACAAUGUUUGGAUCUAUUUGUGAAGACAAGCUGAACACCCAGGUCACCAGUUCUCCCCACAAAGCUAAAAGGUCAUACCCCUUUUCCAUCAACAUGGAACCGGUCUCAGUUCCUGCACAUAAUUUUGAAAACUACAGAGCAUUUCGACCAAAAAUAACUUGGUUCAGAAUCCAAAAAGUUGGUUCUCAGCUAAAACCAAAAAACACAGGUUUUUCCUGACCUGAAGUGCAAAAUUCGAUGACAUCAGUAGGUGUGUCAUAUCCGAUAGGUUGGAAAGAGAGGAUGGUGAAGUCAAGUGAGUGAGAAAUCGUCAGAAAGUGUGAAGUAGUCCCAUUAAUGGUUGAUCCAUGCUUGUUUCUUUGGGUUAAAACAAAUAUUUGUACAGAACAAAAGUUCACAGGUAAUCAAUCAGUAUAUUUACAUAUGUUAGAAAAAGUCUACUAAUACUGUACUUUUUAAAACACAUGUAAACAUGUUAGUCCGACAGAAAGAAGAAAUUCUCAAAGUCGGACCAACACACAUAGAUAAUGCAGUCAGGGUUGAUUUUCUCCUUCAUGUAUACGCCUCAGCGAGACCUGGACUGGCCUAGACAUUCUGCACUCCAUUAUCCCCACACUGGGCUUUGACCCAGAGGUCAAACAGCAUAUAUUUGUAGAAAAAACACAAAAAAAAGAAGGGAAGAAAACAAAACAAAGGUACAAAGCAAAGCGCAGAGUAUGUACGAAAUGUUCAGCGCUGAAAAGUUAAACAUGUGAACAAGGUCUAGUAACAAUCAGCUGAAAAGAGGCGCAUCACCACCUGAGAGUAGAUUUACUCUCAGUCAAGCAGAUCACAAUCACCUGAGAGAUGAUUGUGCUUGUGUCUUUAUAUUGCUUGCUCCGCUUUGUGAUGAUGAUUUGAAAAAGCCUGACGAAGAUCUCUGUUAGAUCGAAACGUUGCACAAUUAAAAAUUACUGGCCGCUUUUAAUUCAGUGUGCAGAUCUUCUGUUUGAUUCUUGCCUCGACAUAUCACCACCUUCUGUGGUGGAGUCAGACAAACUUCUAUCAAUAAAUCAACUCGCCACCAGUGCUGGUAUACUGGGACAAGGACAGAAGUCCAAUUACAAUGCCUAAUUUAACUGUAACUGUGCUUGUAAACGCUCUGAUUGUCAUCCGCGUUUUUGCUCCUAUCGUUUACUUCCUUUGUGCAUGUUACAGCGCCCUCUGUCAAUGACACAUCCUUGAUUACAGUGGUUAAGCUCAAAACUGGUGGAAACACGGACUGGUUCACCACCAAGGCUUCAGGAAUCAGUUCAAGAGCCAGAGCUAAUUUGGUGGAAAAGGGGUAUCAGAUACUUUCAUGACCUGGUCCACUAAAGGCAGGAAAAAAAUAGAAAUAUUCACAUUUUCUUUUAUGUAUGUAUGCAUGGUGUUAACAGACAACUAUGUGGCUCCAUCUCAGUUGUUUUUGUAGCCCUUCACACUCGGUUUAAAACUAACGCUGCUAUGAAUCUGAGAGCCGCUGGGUCGUGUCCUCCUGCUGUCAUGUGUUUUAGUAAGGACAUUCAUUCAUUCAUUCAUUCAGAGGAAGAACUAAGAGAAAUGACCUGCCUUUUCUCACAGACCUGGACGGUGGCGAAGCUAUGAUUUUUCUAGAAAUUAACAUGCAUACAUAAAAUAGUAAAAACAUUGACACUGUGUAUAUGUACACUACAUAGACUAACAGCCCGUUUGCAUUUUUACAGACAAAAGAAGUCAUUUGUUUUUCCUCUGUCAGUUACUGGCGUCAGAAGUUUCAUAGCCAAAUUAAGAUAACAGAGGAUCAGACUUGAUGCACAUCCAGUGCUAUCACUAAGAUACAUUAAUUUAUAUACAAUAAUAACAGUGUUAUUCAGAACUAAGUUGUACAGACUACUGUCACUGAAGUGAAAUAUGGACGUGGGUUACAUUUGUGUCGUGCUUUAGCACCUCUCAUAGUGGUGGUGAGUGUGAAAAUGUGCAUGAUGGAUGACUGAUGACUGGUACUGCUGUUAUCACAAAUGUAUGGAAUGAGCGUUAAAAUUGGCUGAAUACUCCUCAGAGUGUUAUAAAGUUGAAGGCAAAUAAUUUGGACAUACAUCUUGGCAGUAUUGUUUUUGUUUGGAAAUAUUUUGUUUUCAAAUUCAUUGCACAUUUCUUGUUUUACGUUGAGCUUAGAGCAAAAGACAAACAUGUUUUUAUUUAUGGCAUAAUUUAAGUUGUUUGCAUUUCAGAUUGUUUGGUUUGUUUUCACAUUAUGUAUUAUGUUUGUGUGGUUUUGUAAUGACAUGAUCAUAGCGUCAGCUAGAUUUAAAAGUGUUCAAUGACUUUGCAACUCGACCCUGCAAGAAGUGUGCUUGUGUGGAUGAGGAUGUGUGUGGGACUGGUGUGAAAGACAAAAAAAAAUCUCCCUCAAGUGUUAUUCUAUGUCCUGAAAAGCUGUGAGAAAUCUACCAAAUGUCCAUUUAGAUUUGUUUUUAAAUCUUACUUUGUGAUGUGUUCCCUUGCCAUGUUUUACUCAAAAUAUUACACAUCUUUUCGUUGCUACAAACACCCACAUGAUUCCCAUGUAUCUAUACUUUUAAACAGUUGUUAACAUGAAGCCAUGCCAAAGUGGGUAAUUUCUUGAUGUGUUUUGGCGAGCUGGUCCGCAGUACAGAACCACGUAUUUAAAGUUUGCUGACACAAAACUGUGUUUUUGGCUUGUGUCCAUGUUAUUUCACUGAAUCAGAGAAGAAACUCAUUCAAAAGGGACACUUGUAUAUUUUGUAAAGUUGAAAAUUUGAUCCCCAUUAUCAAUCACAUGUAAAAAGAAAAACGUAAUGCACUCUUGUCUGGCCUUUGUUGCAUGUGAAAUAGUUUGAGUUUUGUAUAUUUAUGGUAUUAACAUGAAAUAAAAUUUGAAAGAAA